AUGAACUUCGAAGUGGAUCGUUACUCGUCUGCUUGGGCACAUAUAGCCCUGUGUGCGGAUCUUACUUGGGCUUCAGAACCACCUGAUGAUUUUAUCGUAGCAAAUCAGCGCCUUUGGGCACAGAAUUGCCGAGUAAACGAAGUCCUACAAGACACCGUAGAUUCUCAGUGCGGAACAAAUAAUCAUAACGAUUUAACAGGUCAACGUUUACUUGCAAUACAAGAAAAUGGCAGCUGUAGUAAAAGAAGCGUAAAAGACGUUAUUCCAGAGUCUAGGUUAGCUCAGUUUUACGGAAACUUCUACUAUGACGAUAUCAGAGAAAACUGCUACACAUGCACAAAUGACAAACCUAACUCGCGUUAUAGCAGUAGCGGUUGCGAAAACUCAGAUCUUACAGAAUGUUGGAUGUUACCUGAGGUUGAGAACUGGUUUCGAAAAUUAGUGGACAGUUCUGAUCGAAACUUGGUCCCUCGUCGACGCAGGCAGUACAGAAUGCUUGCUGAUGACGAUUUGUGCGUAAGAUUUGUAUUUGUUAAGCCAAUUAACGGACACCGAUCGGCAGUUAGCGAGCGCUGGGGCCUGAUUGAAACAGCUGAAGAGGCUGCUCUAGAAGCGAAAAUUCGCAGUGUUCGCAAUAUAUGGAACCAGUCCAAGCACAGAAGGCCUAGGGCUCCAAGCCCGCCCCCAGUGUCAAGAAAGAUUAGAGCGAGAAGGAGACAACCAAGAAAAUUAGCUACCCUAGCCCCACCACCCCCAAAUUAUUGCUUAGACGAUGCACAACUUCAUUGUGAUCCGAAUCGUAAGUUUCAGUUCGACGCACCACGUCCUCCACAGUUAACAGACUAUCAACGUGCUAUGGGACGGUUAUCUUCUAGCGUUCAAGCUUUAAUGCGAGCAAAUAUCUCUAGAUGUCCACCUUACAGAGGAACAAAUGUUAGUCGAUACGCACCCACUGGACCACGACCUAUGAGGUAUCCUGAGAAACGAUAUAGUGUUUGGUGGCCCGGCAAAAAUAUAUCACCCCGAAUAGACAAAUUAAAUAAUACACUAAUCAAUAAUACUUUCAAACAAAACACUAGCAAUACACAAAAGUUACUUCAAACUGAUGAAGAGACGAAAAAAGAAGAAUCUAGUGGGAAAAAAGAAGAGCUGACAUCCAUUUCUGAUACAGAAGUGACAAGUCAAAAGGAAAAAAUUAUAGAUGAUGGCCAAUUACCAUCAACGAGUAAUGAAGCGAAGGAAGAUUUAAGAAACAAACGUCUUUACAGCACAGUACUGAGUAUGAGCGCCCCACCUAUUAAUUUGACUCCAGUUAUUAGACUUUCGCAAAAAUUACCACCUGGUCUUAUCAAACUUAAUCCAAAGAUGACUGCAAGACUGCGUCCUAGUAUCGAUAAAUUUGAAGAACUCGAAAAGGAAGCUUUAGAACAAUAUAAGGAUUCAGAUGAAAGUAUAGAUACGAAGUUUCGAGAACUUGAAAAGCAAGCAGUUGAACAAUAUAGCACUAGCAAUAGUAAUACAAGUUGUAGCAGUGGCAAUUCGGCAGAGAAGAAAUCGAACAAUGAGAAUAAAGUAAAAGAAAUAGAUAUUGAAGAAAAAUUUCAAAAAAAGAAAUCUGUAGAUAGUGUCGUAAUAUAUUCCCAAAAUUUUCCUGAUUUAAAUGCGAAAAAACAUUUACAUAGUAGUGUUAAUCGAAAAAACUUCCACACCCCCCCAAGGGGGGAGAAAAAAGAGCAUAGAUCAAGUAAAAACAUAAGAAGUAGCAAAGACAAACCAAAAAGACCUGCAUCAGAUACUGAUUAUAAAUCUAAGGAUUUAAAAGAAAAUCAUAAAACAAUGCGAUGGACAUUACCAAAGAAGAGACAUUUGACUCUGUGUGUCUCAGAUUUCUCUUCUGAUGAAGAUUUAGAUGGAACUGUUUCCAUAAAAGAUGUUGGACCCUGUGCUAAGACUCAUUUAUCAGGGAAGUUAAAAAUGGCUGCACAUGGUGGAGGAGACUUACACCCAAUACUACGCAAAACU